UUAUUUAGUAAACCGGUUACGCCAACCACGUUGCUCAAUAUCAUGUAAUUAAGUAGUCUUAGUUCAUUUUAGUGAAGGUGUAUUCUCACAAUUUGUCGAGUAGCUGUCGGUCAUCAAUUAAUGUAUUGUGGAUAAAAAUCGUAGUGAAUCACAACAAGAAUCAAUUUGUUCAUUUCCUGCAUCGCAAUAAGUGAAUAAAAAAUGGCUGAACGAGAACCAAUAAGCGGCUCCGCUCGCGACUACGGAGCCACCGCCGCGGUCCCCAACGUUGGUUUCGCGGACUUCAGCCCCACUGAGCUGUAUAACUUGAGCGAGGGUAUCGCUGACAAUGUGAAUACUAUAAAUAGUGGGCUGCGGUCGCUGGAGAAGAUGAUGAAGCAGAUUGGAGGGCCUAAUGAUAAUGUGCAGUUGAGGGAGAAAAUCCAUGACACACAACAGACAGUGAACGGCUCAGUCUCAGCCACAGCCCGUGACAUACAGCGCUUGGGCGUGGUGGUGCGACGCGGUGACAAGCCGCAGAAGCUGCAGGUGGAGAGGCUCACACAAGCCUUUAGAGAUGCACUGGCUAAAUACUCUUCGGUGCAGAAGCAAGUAUCAGAAAAGAUGGCAGCACAUAUGCCGCGGCCGCCGCGUGUUCGCAACGAUCCGCAGCUGAUGGAACAACAAGCCAUCGCCGAUGAUGAAGAGGCCACGCUCAUUGCUAACCAGCAGGCACAGGCGCGUCUAGUACAAUUCGAGACGAGCAUGCUGCUUGAGAAAGAGGCGUAUAUAAAUAAGAUAGAAGCCGACGUCUUGGAUGUUAACCAAAUCAUACAGGAGUUAGCUGACAUGGUCAAUCAACAGGCUCAGUCUGUUGAUACAGUAGAAAGUCACAUUGAAGCCGCUAGCGCGAACGUGGAAGCCGGUGUCGACGAACUAGCGAAAGCCGCCGAGUACCAACGUCGGUACCGCAAGAAAAUGUUCAUUCUCAUCAUUAUCGCUGUCAUUGUAGCCAUCGUCUUCAUUGUAUGGGUCAUUAAGGCUUUCAGAUAGGCUUCCAAACUUCAUACAGUAUUAUUAACCGGAUUUGUAAAGGGUAAGUGUGCCCAGAAGUUUGUGUCUAAUUUAUGAUAGGAUUUGAAGCCCCAGUGGACGAUGUAACGAAUUUAAUGAUGUAGUUAAUAGUUUGCGUUUUAGGUUGAAUUUGCACUUGAAAGGUGUCAAAAAACUUUACAUAAAGUGAAAGAAAAUACCAGAAAUAUUUUCUAAAAAAGCAGGGCGUAAAAUCACUUGCGAUUCAUUCUGCAACAGCGUUAAUUUCAUAAUAUUCUCGAAGUUAAAAUAUCCACAUUUUUGCCCUACAAAUGUUCCUAACUGUUCGGACAAACUUGAAUUUUGGGAAUGCAACUUUCAAGUGUAAAAUCAACCUAAGCCAACAUUAAUUCUCACUGGAAACAAUAAAUAAUUAGGUACUACAAAAUAUCCUUUACCCAAGCAAAAAGGUAAAUAAACCUUACAUAAUACUACAUGGGGUUCAAAAGAUCUGAAAAGAGGAGGAUUGUCUAUAUAUUAUAUGUAGCCUUAUUAUGUCUUCCGACCGACAUAAAUACACAUAACACCAUUAAAAUCGACUAUAAAGCAUGAAAAAAACUAGACACAUGUUUUAUGUAUAAAUGUUUUCAGGAUUAUACAAAUGUCCUUCUAAAAACGUAUGCACUAUUUCUUUCCCAUAAUUUAACUUGUAAAAAGGAAGAUGCUAGUUUGUAUUUUAGGUUUCAAUCUAUCUUCGAAAAGAAUUUCGUCUAAAUCGGUUGGACGGUUUUACGGUAAAACGUUUUAUAAAGUCUCGAAAUUAAAGUGAAAAAAGCUAUAAUCACAAAAUUCUGUUUUUAAGGUUGUUGCUAAGUUUAUAUGUGGCAACAUUUUAUAUUCUUGCCAUCACAAAAAAAUACCAAUAUUCUGAUAUUUUGUGGUGUCACAUGUACAAAUAAUACUAAACUCAAAAUUAAGUUGUAACAGAUCUAGAAAAAUAUUUAACAGGCCAACAUAUAAAUUUCGAAAAUAACUUUUAAUUGGUCAUUUAGGCAAAAUAUAUUCUAGGUUUUAUUUUAUAUUUUAACGCUGAAUAACUAAACUGUGAUUAUUUAUUAUGUUUUUGUUUACACAUUAUGUAAAUAACCUAGUUUAUUUAGUUCUUAUUUACACACAAAAAUUUUGAAUAUUUAAAUCUUGACACGUCAUUUUAUCUACUCACUUUGUCACAGUAUUGGUAGCUAAGUUUGUAUGUUUUAAGUUCAUAAAUAUACCUACAUAAAACAAUCAAUUUACUAGGAAAUACUGAAACGUUACUUAACUUUAAGUCUUACUUAAAAAUCUUUCGAAGCAAUUAAUUUAAGUAUGACAGUGAUAGAAUGAUCUUUAAGCAGGACUUAAAAUUAAGUGACUUUUCAGUGUUCGGAUGUUAGUGUCAUUAUUAUAAAUUAUAUAUUAUUAGAAAAAAUAUAUAAAGGUUCUCCCUGUCUUAUGCCCCGAGAAUAAAUUAUGGUCAUAUAGUAAUAACAACUGAAAAAACUCAUUCGAUAGGAAUUACUAUAAUUAUUAUUUAUAGAUGCCUACAGUAACUAUAUAAAUAUAAUGUAAUCUCCAUCAUUACUCAUUAAGCAUUGAAAUGCCUAUCUAAUGAGAGUAUUUUUACGACAAUGUCUAUGAUUCAUCUUUUCCUUAACCACUUUAAAAUAUAUUUUAUUCUAGCGUACGGGUUUGUUAAUAAAAACUAUAGUAACCGCUGUGUAUAAGGCCUUAUGUAAUGUAGAGAUAUAUAAUUGUGUUAUUUAUGUACUAAUAGUAGUUAGGAAUUUUAUAGUAGGUAAUUAUUAUUAAUCAAUUUCUGUCAAGCUCUUGUUUUGUCAACAUUCCAAAGAUUUUUCACGCAGUAACUUUGACACAAACACAGGAGUCACGUAACCAAAAUGUAUGAAAUAACCAAAAUAAUUCGAUUCCUCAUUUAAGUAUGGCUUUAAGAAAACUCAAGAUUUUAAUGAAAAUAACUUAGCAAGCCAUUUCUAACGAAGGUUGAAUUUCUAACCAGAAUUAACUGGCAAUUCAAAAUGUCAGAGUUUCAAAUAAUGUUGCCAAGUUAUAAAACAAAAUUGUGAUUUGGUUGUAUUUUAUUUGUAUAUCAACGUACCUGUUCUAAAUU